AUGGCAGAAUAGAAGCAGCAAUUAGCCUAAUUACUUGAAGAAGUUAAAUAGUUUAGAAAUAAUUAUAUUCUAAUUCAAGAUUAUAAAAAAGAGAUUAAAACGAAAAUAAUAUAAAUUUUUCGUAAUUGUUUCUAAGAUCAAAUUAAUAAAUUUGAAUAAUCGCUUUAGACAAAAGCUAACUUAUAAUAGAUGUAAAAUGAAUCAUUUAAAGAAUAUUUGAUAAUAAUAUAACAGAAUAAACAAAUCUUUAUGAUUUUUGAGCUACAAGUAACAUUAAGAAAGUAUAAGUGUUUACCCUCAGAAAAUGAAAUUGAUUAAGAAUAUCUCAUUUAAAAAAUAAAAAAAAUAUACCUAUAAGGAAUAGAGGAAGGAGGAGACGAUGAAGAUUAUUUAGAAUCAAAAUAAAAAUUAGGGUUAUUUGAUGGGUUGAAGCAAAAGUAUAAGGAUUUUAACAAUAAUGAUGAGUGGAAAAUUAAAUAGGGUCUAAUUUUUACAAUUGUUUUUAUUUCAUCUAAUUGCUUCACAGAUACAAUUAUUUCAUUUUGUUAGAAAGCUCUAAUUUAAUUAUGGGUUUUAGAAAAAGAUUAAAGAGUUAGAAAUUUAUUGAAAAAUUAACAUUUAAUAAGUUUAUAGAUGUAAAUUUUUUAGAAAGAUUGGUAGACUUAACAUAAUAGAAUUGCAGAAGAAAUGUAAAAAAUGCUGAAGAGAAUUGAUGAAUUAUAAGAAUAAAUUACCCAGGAGGCAAAUCUUAACAACAGAGAGCUAUAUUUGAAAGAAAUGGAUGAAACAACUCAGCAAUUGGAUGAAUACAUUUAAAAUAUCAGCGAAAUGGGUUAAUAACUCAGAUUGGUAACUGAUUUUGUAAAUCAUAUUAGAAAAAGUUUGCUAAGAGUUGAGGGAAAAAUAAAUCAAAUAAAAGAGUAGCUCAACAACAUAGGGAAUGAUCUUAAAUUUUUGAGAGGAAAAUCAGUUAGCUUGAAAUUAGAAAAUGGAAAGUAUUGAAGGAAGCAGCAGAAAAAAAUGUUAAGUCCAUCUAUAUACCAUUAAAAACUUAAGACAGAGGUAAAAAUGAGAUCAGUAAUUUGAUGAAUUUAUAUCAAUUUAAUGAUAAUGAUGGAGAAGUGAAUGAGUUUUUAUAUGAAGGGAAAACAGUAUUGCUAAUUUAUGGAUUAGCAGGAUCCGGCAAAAGUACUACAGCCAAAAAAAAUUGAAGAGUUUAUUUGAAAAUUGCAUGAUAGUAAUAAAAAAAUUGGAAAUUAUGUACUUAUACCUGUUUAUAUUUCAUUACCCUCUUUAAAAAACCCUGUUUUUUAAGCAGUAGAGGAAUCACUUAAAUAAGAUGAUUAUGGAUUUGAUGAUCUCUAAUUGAAAGAAUGUAAAGAAAUGUUGUAAAAGAAAGAAUUCCGAUUAAUAUUAAUAAUGGACAGUUAUGAUGAAAUGAAGCUAGAGAAUAUUUAGAAAAAUUUAUACAUUAAUAAUAAGCUCAAAUAAUAUUGGUCAGACCCUCUUGUUAUUUUUUCCACCAGAAGUGACAUUUUUACUAGCAGCCAUUAAGAUAAAUAGAAAUUUAAAGAAACCUAGCUACUUCAGUUUGAAUAGAGUUAAAUAUAAGAAUAUCUUAAGAAAUUUACGUUUUAAAGUAUUAAAAUAUUAAUUUUUUUGAUAUACAUAAAUGGUAUAUAUAAACUUAAAACUAAAAAGCUCUGGAUGUUAAAAGGUUUGAACAGAGUUGGGAAAAGAUAUAGUCAUCAUUUUUGAAAUUCGAAGAAGCAAGGUGGAAAUCUGAGACUCCUUUGAAUGAAAAUAAAUCAACAGUAUUUUUUAAUUUUUGAAGGAUGAUGAGUUUAUUGAUUUAAAAAGCAAUGAAGCUAUAAGAAGCUUGAGCAUAAAUUUACAAAAAUAAUGGAGUUUUAAAAAGUAUGAAGAUAUGAUGAUAGUCAGUAAAUCUAAAUAAUUUAGUGGAAACUCCAUAAAUGAUGGAAAUUAUAGUUUAUGCCCAACUUGAUUCUUAAAGCAACUGAGAUUAUUAACAUUAAAUAAACCUUCUUGAAGAAUUUUUAAAAGAUGUUGAAUGAAUUCUUCAUAAGUAAAUACAAAAUUCAGAUGUAUAAAUCGCAACAGAAAAGGUAUCUUUUAGGAUUAAAAAAUGAACUUAAUAAAGAAUCUGAAGCGGAAAAUUAAGCUGAUAAUGAUGAAUUCUUGGAAGUUACUCUAAAUGAUUUAUCAAACUUGGGAAUUAUUGAUUACCAUGAAAUUGCUCUUGGAGUUUGGAAUUAUUAGGAAGAAAAUUCGAUACCUUAAUAAUUGUAAAUCUCUUAGGAUUGUGAGGGAGUGCAUUAAUAACUUGAAAAUAUAUUUGAAACUAAUCUUUUGCUACCAAAUUAGAUAUUAAAGAAAAUAAAAAUUUAAUAGGAAAAAAUACUCUAAAUUGGUAAUGAUGCAUUAAAAGAACACAAUCUUACAAUUUCUGACUUUUAUGACUUUUAUUGA